GGUAGUUCAGAGAGACGGUGGGAUCUUCCAAAGACAGAGAAAUUAGGGUUUCAGCUGAGUCCUCACCAUGGGCGACGCUACACUUUUUGCUAAAGAAAACUUCUCCAUUGCAGAUAUUAAAAUGAAAGGGGAGAAGAAGGCAAGUGGUGCAAGGCUUGCUGAUAUAACCAACCUGCAGCAGCGGCCUAAACUGUCAAUGCAAGGUGCAAAAAUGCACCAAUCGCCUUCCUUUAACACUAAGGAGUACAUUGAAAAGCUCCAAAAGGAGAACAUGACCCUGAUGAAAGUUCUUGCAGACAGAAAUAAGGUCAUUGAAUUGAGUGGAAUUGAAUUACAGAAAAUGAGAAUCAAUUUGCAGAAGAUGCAACAACAGAACUUGCAGCUAGCCCAGGCACAUAGCCAGAUGUUAGCAGAACUUAAUGCAGGCAAGGAUAGGUUAAGAUCCCUUCAACAUGAGCUGGGAUGUAAAAAUGGCUUGCUUAAAGCAAGAAACCUAGAGGCAGAGGAGAAAGCUAAGGGUGGGAUUUUUCAGACUUCUGGACAUCGGGUUGCAACAAAGAAGCUUGACAAGCCAGGUGAACAUGAGGAGAAUAAACCUUGUAAUACCAAUAGAAGGCGACGAUCAAAAAUUGAAUCUUCAGGAUCUUCUACUGUUAAACCAAUUCAUUCAGCAACGGAGAAGGUUGGCAAGAAGAGGUUCAAAUCCCAAGAAUCAGAACCCACAGAAGAUGCAUUUGAGACAGAUGAUACUAAAUUUCCUGUUUCCCCUCCACAUGAUGGGAUGGUGUAUGAGAGAUGUCCAUCCUCAUCUGAUUCAUCAGUCCAAAAGGAACAUGAACAAGGAUGUGCCCCAGGCAUUGAAACUCAAGAUCUUAGGACAUCAGUUGGAAGGCCAUUAUGUCUUGUGGUUGAGAAAGCAGACAAUAAGAGGGUCCUUUCAAGGAGGAAAUCUACCAGGUUCCAAUCCCAAGUGCCUGAACCAACUGAAGAUGUAUUGGAGAUGGAUGAAGCUAAAUAUCAUGUUUCUCCUCUGCGUGAGGAAACGUUGCACCUUAAUGUUCCAGCAUUAUCUGCUUCAUCAGUCCAAAAAGAACAAGAACAAGGAAAUAGAGCAACAGGAGUUAAAACUCGAGAACUUAGGACAUCAGUUGGAAGGCCAUUGCAUGAUGUGGUUGAGAAGGCUGACAAUAAGAGGGUCCCUUCAAAGAGGAAAUCUACUAGAUGGCAAUCCCAAGUGCCAGAACCAACUGAAGAUGUAUUUGAGAUAGAUGACACCAAAUUUCCCAUUUCUUCUCUACAUGAGGAAAUGGUGCACGUUAAUGUUCCAGUAUCAUCUGUUUCAUCCACCCCAAAAGAAGAACAAGGAGGAAUUAAUGCCCUGGAAGGUGAAGUUCAAGAACUUAGAAGGACAUCUGUAGGAAGGCCACUGCGUAAAGCAGCUGAAAAGGUUCAGUCCUACAAGGAAAUUCCUCUUAAUGUUAAGAUGCGCCGAUCUGAGUGAGUCUAUUCUCGUCCCUUGCCCCAUCCCUGCAUUUGUUGUUAAGCAGUGUACCUUAAGUGAAGAAAAGCCCCAAUCUUCCUGCUAUUUUUGUGCAGUCCAUACAAGUUUACGGGGUUUUUUUUUUUUUCCCUUUUGCCUUAGCUACAUGCUUCUGAGUUCUAACUACUGUAUAUUGGAAGUAUUCUACUUGUAUUUGCAAAAGAACAAUAAUGUGUUAAGCUUGCC